GAACCCAGACGUUUGCGGAAGGGGGGCGGAUUGCACCGGCGUCUCCGAAGCCUGCCGGCCUGGUCGGGCGCAUCGCUGUCGUUUCCUGCACUAUCCUGCUUCGCCGCACACCGCCGUUCCGUCUCCACCCCGGCGUUUCCUCUCUCCCCAAUCCUAACCGAAAUCUAGAGCCCCAGCCAGCGAACUCCGCCUUGGAGAGGCCCCCGCCGGCCAGGUCUAAUGCCCAGCCGCUGACGUGCUCCGGAGCGCGGCGUGGACAGCCACCGGGGAUGUGAGGGUCGCCAUGGAAGCUGCUUUGGGGGAGGAGGGGGAAGCGGAAUUUCUGGGCUGCCAGAACUGACAACCACAUCCUGCGUUCCUUUGCCACCCCAAAAUAUUUUGACCGCAGCCUUCUGCCUUCUUGGAUUCCACCCCCCCCCCCCACCUUUCCCCCCCCCUCCAUCUCUUCUGUAGCUAUUUAGCAGAUGGGGGGGGGGGGUGUUUGUUUUGUUUUUAAGGUCUGCACCUUUCCCCAACUCGUCCCUCAACCAUUGUGCCCUUAAGUAUCUUUUGAAUUACCCCCUAAUUUCCUGAGGUUAUGUCCUUAACCUGUGAGGUUUGGUGUCCGUGCGCCCGCAUUGCAGGACCCUGCCCGUGGAGAAAAUGGUUCAUUCUCGUCCUCAUCCCUUUUCCAGCCUUGCUAUUGUGCGCCAGUGAUUGACAAGACCACGAGGCUGAGCUCGCCCAGGAGAUUUUUCUAUAAAUGGCUUAAAACCCUGGUCUAGACUAUUCGCUCCGAUGUAAGGGGGACAAUCACCUUCUUGUUCUUUGCUGGUGAACCCUGGCUCUGUAGGGCGAACCUGGAAUUUAACCAGUCUGCCCUAAGCUAGCGGUGGAGGGCGAAAACAGCUGCGUCCUCCUGAAAGGUUGAAAGUGAAGGGCAGCCCUCCCAGGACGCUCUCCUUUGGGGCUGGUGCCCGGGUGCUUGGUCUUCCUCCUGUUGGCUUGGGUACCCGAGCGGAGCACGCGGUGUGAUGGACUGCAGUAACGGAUGCUCCCCAGAAUGUACCGGAGCAGCGGGAUCAAAAGAGAUGGUGGGGACUUUCAAGGCUAAAGAUCUAAUAAUCACACCAGCCACCGUUUUAAAGGAAAAACCAGACCCAGCGACUCUGGUUUUUGGAAGCAUUUUCACGGAUCACAUGUUGACCGUGGAGUGGUCCUCAGAGUUUGGAUGGGAUAAACCACAUAUCAAGCCGCUGCAGAACCUAUCAUUGCAUCCUGGCUCAUCAGCUUUCCAUUAUGCAGUGGAAUUAUUUGAAGGAUUGAAGGCAUUUCGAGGAGUAGAUAAUAAAAUUCGACUCUUUCGGCCAAACCUCAACAUGGAUAGAAUGUACCGAUCCGCUGUGAGGGCCACUUUGCCGGUAUUUGACAAGGAAGAGCUUUUAGAGUGCAUUCAACAGCUUGUGAAACUGGAUCAAGAAUGGGUCCCCUAUUCAACAACUGCUAGUCUCUAUAUUCGUCCUACAUUCAUUGGAACUGAGCCUUCCCUUGGAGUCAAGAAGCCUACCAAAGCCCUGCUCUUUGUAAUCUUGAGCCCAGUGGGACCUUAUUUUUCAAGUGGAACCUUUAAGCCUGUGUCCCUGUGGGCCAAUCCGAAGUAUGUCAGAGCCUGGAAAGGUGGGACUGGGGACUGCAAAAUGGGAGGGAAUUAUGGCUCAUCCCUUUUUGCCCAAUGUGAAGCAGUGGAAAACAGCUGUCAGCAGGUUCUGUGGCUGUAUGGAGAGGAUAAUCAGAUAACUGAAGUUGGAACCAUGAAUCUUUUUCUUUACUGGAUAAAUGAAGAUGGAGAAGAAGAACUGGCAACUCCUCCGCUAGAUGGCAUCAUUCUUCCAGGAGUGACGAGGCAGAGCAUUCUGGACCUGGCACGCAAGUGGGGUGAAUUUAAGGUGUCAGAGAGGUACCUCACCAUGGGUGAUUUGACAACAGCCCUGGAGGGGAACCGAGUGAGAGAGAUGUUUGGCUCGGGUACAGCCUGUGUUGUUUGCCCAGUUUCUGAUAUACUGUACAAGGGUGAGACUGUACACAUCCCAACUAUGGAGAAUGGUCCUAAACUUGCAAGUCGGAUCUUGGAAAAAUUGACUGAUAUUCAGUACGGAAGAGAAGAGAGCAACUGGACAAUCAUAGUAUCCUAAAUGGAAAAUACAGGAUAUCAUCUGUGUGCUAUGGAGACAAACUGUCGCAGUUGAAUUACAAUAGAUUUCUUUGGCUACCUGUUUUUAGUUGUGCCUAAUGUAGUUUGUGUUAUCAGUUGUUACCAGGUGAUUGUUUCCUCAUGCCAGAGAAAAUGAAUUGCAAUCAUCAAGUGGUAUUUUGUAAACUCAGUGUUAAAAGCUUACUUCACCUUCUCUUCAAAAGAUGAUAAUGUAAGCCAUACGGCAUAGACUUUUCCUCAAUAAUCUUAGUGCCUCCCUUAUUAGUUUCCUCAGAUACGAAAAUAUUUUCUUCCUUAGUAUAAGUUAUGUUCUGCUCCUCAACCAAAUGAGUUUCUUUGUGUUUGAAAACUGAUCUGAGUAGAUUUCAUAGGUAAUGUUUCCUGUGACGUUAUCUUCAUCUUCAGAAAAUGGCUGUGGGUUUUUGUUUUGUUUUGUUUUGUUUUUUGUUUUUUUAAUAAUCAAGACUGAAAAACUGGUAUUUCUGCUUUCACAUUUUUCUUUCCAGGCCCCUUAAAUCCAUCUUAAAGAGUAGAUCUCCUUUCUUCCUGAUGUCACAGUCUCCUCCAGGCUCUCCUUGUGCAUCAGCAGGACCUGUGCACAUCUCCACCAUUGUCCUUUCCACAUUGUAUUGUGAUUGGCUGUUUGUCAGCCUCCAACACAAGACUGAGGCUCUUGUGCCUUUGAGAUCUUUGUAUCCCCCUGCCUGGCACAUAAUAGGUACUCAUUAAAUAAUGAAUGAAUGAACAUUUAGCUUCUA